AUGCAAAGACGGAUCUUCAUAAAAAAUGUUAAAGCAGAUAAAGAUAUUAAACAAUCACGAAAAAUAGGUCCACAUUUUGGAGUUUCGUUGAUUGACGAAAAACGAAAGGUCGCUGAAUUCAAAAUUGCUGCUUUUGUAUCUGAACAUUGUUCAGUGCAAACUAUCGACCACCUGGGAGAACUGAUAACUGUGUUAGACAAGGAUUCGAAAGUUCUUCCUAAAGUUAAACUGCAUGGUACAAAAUGCACUGGACUCAUAGUUAAUAUUUUAUCGCCGUGUUUGUUCGAGGAGUUAUUGGUAGAAAUAGGAAUUUCUUGGUACUCUUUAAUCUUAGAUGAAAUAACAGCAUUAGAUGCAAAGAAAGGAUUGGGUUUCAUGAUACGCUAUUUCAGCAAAAAAUUUCGUCAAGUAAGAACUACGUUCUACAGGUUGAUGGAAAUAGAGUCAGGUACUGCGGAAGCUACGACGAAAACUAUAAAAAAGCAACUAGAAGAUGAUGGCGUGAAAUUAGAUAAGCAAAUAGUUUUAGGGAUCGGUGUUGACGGUGCGAACGCUAUGAUCAGCGCUCAUAACUCUGUUUCUUCUAGACUGGCAGAAAGUAACCCACACAUUAUUACAAUAAAAUGCCUACCUCAUUCUUUGUACAAGUGUGCUAAAAAUGCUUGCGAUGUCUUGCCAAGACUUCUAGACACGAUCGUUAAAGAAUUUACUCGUUAG